AUGGAGUUCAGCGUCCCAUCAACUCACGACACGGCUCUUUGCCUCAUUCCCCCCAAGGAACAAUGGCCGCCAAUUGACCGUCUUCGGUUCCACAAUGACAAGGCCUAUGCCAAAUGGCCACCUCACAUCAACCUCGUUUACCCCUUCACCAGAUCUGCGGACUCGGAGUCUCUGCAUCAAGCCUGUGAUGCCAUUGUCAACUGCCUCAAGGCUCGACAGGAAACUGGUGACUUCGCUAAUAUUCCUCUUCUUCUCGACUCACCAGACUUUUUCGAGCAUAAGCACGGCAACACCUUGUUUCUAUGUGAUAAGGACGAAAAAAGGAAUCUUCACCUUGCCUCUUUGCGCGCCGCAAUUCUCACAGCUAUAGGCCAAACACGCCCUACUCCGUACCGAAUGCACAUGACAGUUGCUCAGUGCGAGGACUCAGCUGGGUCAUCUAAACUCAACUUUCUCCUCGAGAAGCUACGGCGCCUACCACCGGUAAGUUGGGAAGCCACCCAACUAGCCGUUCUAGUUCGUCAUGCUUCCGGUCAAAUGAAGCUCUGGGGUCUUAUUGACCUCACUUCGCCUUCACUGAGUCAAUGCGAUGAUUCGUUUGGGCUCUUCCCCAAAAUGGCCUCGGCCAUUAUUCCACAGCGAUCAUGGAGAUUUUCCAGCCAAGACUUGGGUUGGCGGCCUGUCGCUUCAGAUCCAGCCUCACCUCACCCAGAGGUCAAGGCAGUAGAGAACCUCAUCGUCGCCAGCUGGAACGUUUUGGCAGAGUUCGAAUGGCCCCCGUCUCGUAGUAGAUACCCCGUUAUCGUCGACAACCUACUUGCACGAAAUGCCGUCGCGGACAUCUUGGUACUCCAGGAAGUGACAGACGACUUCUUACCUUUCCUACUGAAAGACAACCGGAUUCGCAAUUUGUACCCCAAUGUCUCCCACGGGUCUCCUGACGAACCUGCUGCCGGUCCAUUGCCCAGCAUUCUCAACCACGUGGUCCUUAGCAAGUAUGCAUUCUCAUGGGAGUAUCUUCCCUUCGUACGCCCGCACAAGGGAUCAUGCAUACUCAGCUUUGGUGAUCUGGCACAUGGCGAGGGAGAGGAACCGGCUGCUCCUCUGGUCCUGGCAACUUGUCACCUGAGCCAUGGUCUGACAGACGGCGCAGUGGUUGCCAAGGAAAGGGAACUCCAGGGGUUACUGGGUCAUCUCAAGAACAACUACGCUUCACAUCAAUGGAUCAUCGCGGGUGAUUUCAACAUCACAACAUCUUCCUACACCAUGGACGCUGCUGUCAAGAAGGGGGCCAUCACUGUCCAGACAGAGAAUGUCCUCCGAGGCAUCGAAACAACUCUGGCAAAGGCCGACCUUUUAGACGUAUGGAUGGUCUCGCGCAUCGAGACUGGCGUGAGUGAUAAUUUCAGAGGGUAUCUCACACAAAUGUUUGAGGGUGAGCAAGGAGCAACUUUUGACCCUACUGCGAACCCCCACGCCAGCAAGAUGGUUGGAACCGGGCUGGGUAACCGUCCGCAGCGGUACGACCGCAUCUUGGUCAAGGGCACCGGUCCUUUCCAGAUAUCUCGUUUCAACAUGUUUGGCUUCGUCGCUGGCGACAGCGAGACCGGAGAAGAGCCCCUGUACCCGAGUGAUCACUGGGGCGUUCGAUGUCUCUUGCAGCGCUCUCACGCAAAGGAUGCCACCAGCGAUGCACGGGCGAUCCCUCUCUACCUCAAGAGAGCGCCAGACGGUUUGUCAGAUACCACAGGAUUGACUAAGUGCCUGGAGAAUCUUGAGGUGUUUCCAUCAGCACAAGACGAGGCAGUUCGAACUGAGGCGAUUCGAUUACUUCGUCAAAUCCUAAUCGAGCCCGACCAAACAGACGUGGACAACAAACGAGGCCGUCCGGCCAUUGUAAUUGUUCCCGUAGGAUCCUAUGGUCUUGACACUUGGUCCAGGAACUCCGAUAUCGACUGCUUCUUCAUCGGGUCCAUCAGUCCCCGUGUCUUCUUCACUCUGGCAAGACAAAGACUGAGAAAGUCGGGCAUUCCUGGCAUUCGGCUUCUAAGGAAAGUCAAAGCCAAGACCGGGACGAUGCUCGAGGUGGAGGUUCUCGGCGUGAGAUGCGAUCUCCAAUAUUGCCAGGCGCCCAACAUCGUGGACGAGUGGCCUGACGUUCUGAAGCGUCCCGCGUCAGACCCGGCAUUCAGCUUGUCUGCCCAAACGUUGUUGAAGCUGAAGCCCGCGAGAGACCUAUUCUAUCUCCAGCGAUCCAUUCCGGACUUGGCCCAGUUCCGAUUGAGCCACCGGGCCAUCAAGACUUGGGCCAAGGCGCGUGGAAUCUACGCUGCCAAGUUUGGAUACCUCGGAGGCAUCCACCUGACCGUCAUGUUGGUCAAUGUCUGCAAGGUGCUUUUGCACAACGGCGGCGCCGUUUCUGCUGCCGACAUUAUUGCGACCUUCUUUGACCACUAUUCGCGGUUUGACUGGAAAAACGACAUGGUCUUCGACCCGUUCUUCCAUAAGAACCUCAGAUACCACCGAACAAGUAGAGAGGCCCUGGUUUUGCUCGGGUGGCACUCGCCAACGCUCAACACGGCACUCAAUGCUUCCGUCCCGACCGUCAAGAUUAUCGCGACCGAAAUCCGCCAAGCCAACAAGCUGCUAUCGGCCGAUGGCGCAAGUUGGGAAUCUUUGCUUCCGGUGCCGGAGCCCGGCCGAGGCAACAUCAUGUCGCCGAGCGCUGCGAACUUUCUCACGUCGUUCCGGUCCUUUGUAGACUUGCGAGUACAUUACUGGGGAGCAUCGCUAGAGCGUGGAAGUAGGCUCAUCGGCUGGCUAGAGUCUCGAUGUGCCUCUCUCCUCGUUGAUAUCAACAGAAGAGUCCCGCAGCUUUCAGCGAGGAUCUGGCCUGCAAGAUUUGUCGACGCAUCUACGUGUGACCCUCAAAACACCCAAGGUGAUUACCAGGGCUCUUACCUCGUCGGCCUGGAAUGGAUGGAACAGGACGAGAAGCCAGACAAAGGCGACCUGGAAGUUGCACAGAGCAACCUCAGGGCCGUUUUGCAGCAGUUUGAAAAGUUGAUCCUGGGUGACGAGAGGUACUUUGAUUCCAACACAUCAUGGUUCAGCGCGACAAUAGUCAGAGCGAACGAGCUGAGAGAUUUGCGCUUGGAUGAUCGCGAAUGGGGUGUAUACGUCGACGGCGACGACGACUCGGAUACAGAAGACGAAGACGACACCGAGGACGAGGACGAGGAAGAGCUGGCCGCCAUGGAGAGGCUCGCCGCCGAGAAGCUGAGCAAGAAGACAAAGUCAGCGAAGCAGCGAUCGGGAACGACCAACCCGAAGCCUGAGGGAAUGGGCAAGUUCCGCACUGCGCUGGAUGUGCUCAACCGACUGCGAUGGGAUCCCGAUAUCGACAGCAACGACUAUAUCAUCGGGUACGAGGACAGAUUCCUGGGGCCACAGGAGAAAGCCCUGUCGGCGUGGAAGAGCGAGCAGACGCACGAGGAGUUCAUCCCUCAGCAUCGGAUUUUGUGGUUCAAGCGCGCCAGCGACGGCGUGAUUAUGUGGCACAGGUCGGAGCGUAUCGAUUUGCUCUUCAAGAAGACUUGA